CUUCCCUUUUGUAAAUCAGCUGAAGAGAUCUUCAAUUCAACUGAAGCACUUGCGAUUCAUCUUCUUCUCUGCCCGUCAAUUCAAAGAGAGAAGACAAAUAAUGGCGUUUGCUAAAAUGAUGUUUCUUUUCAGCAAAUUUCAGCAGGGUAUUGGUGUUCUAGCAAAGAGUACCACUUUUGCUAAGAAUCAAAGGCAGCUGCAAUUUGAAGCUGACAUUAACAAACUCUUUAUGUUUACAAGCUAUAAUCGUUUGGGACGAGACGCUGAAGAGGCUGAUGCAGAAGAAAUUAUUGAGAUGGCCGGUAAAGCCACUUUAUCUGAGCAAGAGAAACAAGUACAAGAGAACAUUCACUACCAACUCGAAAAAUUUUGUGCUUCUAUGGACGAGAUACUUCUUCCUGAUAGCGACAAAACAAAUGAUUUUUCAACCGCAGACAAGCUAGUUGUUCCUGAGACUAAGCCGCUUAAACUCGCUGAAGUCUCGCAACGACUAAAGGAUCGUAUUGGGUACACUCUUAAGAUCAAACCAUCCUUAAUACCUCACAAAGACGCGGGUCAAGGUUGUUUCAUAGAUGGUGAAGCAGAUGUUGGAGCUGUCUUGGCCUUUUACCCUGGUGUGGUUUAUUCUCCUGCUUUCCACAGGUACAUCCCCGGAUAUCCAAAUGUCGAUGCACACAACUCAUAUCUGAUCACUAGAUAUGACGGUACAGUAAUAAAUGCUCAGCCAUGGGGUUGUGGAGGAGAAUCACGGCAAGUAUGGAACGGCUCUUUUACAACGCCUGAGGUCAGAGCAAAUGUUAAAACCGUGGAAAAUGGUUCAGACAAGGUAUCGAAGAUACUUAGCAAGCCGCUUGAAGGCUCGGGUAACGUAAAAGCAGUUCUUGAAUUGAGAAACCCAUUGGCGUUUGGUCAUUUUGCUAAUCACCCGAGUAAAGACAUGGAUCCUAAUAUCAUGAUUUGCCCGUAUGACUUUCUUUUGUCAGAGGAAGCGAUGCGAGCUUGCAUUCCAAAUGUAGCUUUCAGGAACGAAGGAGGGUUAAAGAUGAUGAAAUCUGAAAGCUUCUUGUUUAUGACAAGGAGUAAUAGCAGUUUGGAUGCUCCUGUACUGAAGACGCUUGUUCUAGUGGCUACAAGAGCGUUGUGUAAUGAAGAAUUGAUGCUGAAUUACAGACUGAGUAGCUUCGAGAGAAGACCGGAGUGGUAUACUCCGGUUGAUGAAGAGGAAUAUCGAUAGAGAUGGAGCUAAAGUAUCCGGUUUUGUUUUUUUUCCUCUAAUUUCUUUGGAACGAGUUUCAUAGUGGGAUGAAAAAGCCUACAAUUGCAAUAUAAUCUAAAUACAACAAAUCAAUCAAUAAAACAAGGUUAUCAUCUU